AUGGAGGGUUCUACAGAGCAACAGUCUCGCUGGAUGUCCCCUCCAGCCUUGCUCCCUCCUGAAGCCAUGUUCAACUUUACUACAGAGAUCACCUCUCUAGACUCUGUCCAGUACCACAGGGUUACGGCCAGUCCAGACUCUCUCCAGUACCACAGGGCUAAUACUAGUCCAGACUCUCUCCAGUACCACAGGGUUACGGCCAGUCCAGACUCUCUCCAGUACCACAGGGCUAAUACUAGUCCAGACUCUCUCCAGUACCACAGGGUUACGGCCAGUCCAGACUCUCUCCAGUACCACAGGGCUAAUACUAGUCCAGACUCUCUCCAGUACCACAGGGCUACGGCCAGUCCAGACUCUCUCCAGUACCACAGGGCUAAUACUAGUCCAGACUCUCUCCAGUACCACAGGGCUAAUACUAGUCCAGACUCUCUCCAGUACCACAGGGUUACGGCCAGUCCAGACUCUCUCCAGUACCACAGGGCUAAUACUAGUCCAGACUCUCUCCAGUACCACAGGGCUACGGCCAGUCCAGACUCUCUCCAGUACCACAGGGCUAAUACUAGUCCAGACUCUCUCCAGUACCACAGGGCUAAUACUAGUCCAGACUCUCUCCAGUACCACAGGGUUACGGCCAGUCCAGACUCUCUCCAGUACCACAGGGCUAAUACUAGUCCAGACUCUCUCCAGUACCACAGGGUUACGGCCAGUCCAGACUCUCUCCAGUACCACAGGGCUAAUACUAGUCCAGAGUCUCUCCAGUAUCACUGGGCUAAGGCCAGUCCAGACUCUGUCCAGUACCACUGGGCUACGGCCAGUCCAGACUCUCUCCAGUACCACAGGGCUAAUGUCAGUCCAGACUCUCUCCAGUAUCACUGGGUUACGGCCAGUCCAGACUCUGUCCAGUACCACAGGGCUAAUGCCAGUCCAGACUCUCUCCAGUAUCACUGGGUUACGGCCAGUCCAGACUCUGUCCAGUACCACAGGGCUAAUGCCAGUCCAGACUCUGUCCAGUAUCACUGGGCUAAGGCCAGUCCAGACUCUCUCCAGUACCACAGGGCUACGGCCAGUCCAGACUCUCUCCAGUAUCACUGGGCAAAUGCCAGUCCAGAGUCUCUCCAGUACCACAGGGCUAAGGCCAGUCCAGACUCUCUCCAGUACCACAGGGCUAAGGCCAGUCCAGACUCUCUCCAGUACCACUGGGCUAAGACUAGUCCAGAGUCUCUCCAGUACCACAGGGCUAAGGCCAGUCCAGACUCUCUCCAGUACCACAGGGCUAAGACUAGUCCAGAGUCUCUCCAGUAUCACUGGGUUAAGGCCAGUCCAGACUCUGUCCAGUACCACAGGGCUACGGCCAGUCCAGACUCUGUCCAGUACCACAGGGCUACGGCCAGUCCAGACUCUCUCCAGUACCACAGGGCUAAGGCAAGUCUAGCCACAGACUCCCUGCACCAGCCGUACCUCUCAGCUGAGUCUGACUUGGCCAGCCUGCCUCCCUGCAUCUCCAGCUGCAGCCAUAGUCAGUCUGCACCGUCGUACGGACACGGCCCAGUUCACCAGGUGUAUUCUUCAUCAUCCCACGUCAACGGUAGUGUCCAGGGGGAUUCUGGAGGCCAGUCUCUCAGCUGCUCCUCUUCCUCCUGGUACAACAGCCCCUUCUCCACCACCACCACCUCCUCCUUCUCCUUCUCCUCCACCAAAACCCCAAUCUCCUCUCUGACCAACCCCAGGGCCGAGUACUACUCCCGAGGGCACGGUUGUCAGGAAAUCCCGAGGCUUCAGGAGGCCUUGAAGGGGGAGAGGCUGAGUCCCAGUGAGGACGGAGUUAGCAGUAGUUUCCUGACCCUGAACCCUGCACCAGGGGAUGGGUACUCGUACUCUUCCCAGGCCUGCGGUCACCCCCCCUUGGGCUUCUACAGCAACUCCUGGUUGUCAGGUCAGGGCUACAGCUCAGCGUCUCUCUGCUCCUCCGCUGGGGCUGGCGUGUAUCCCACCUACUGCUACUCCCCCAAACGACGAAACAAAAUCAACCUCUCUCCUCCAGAUGCCCGUGAGUGUGUGGACUGUGGUGCGACCGCCACCCCUCUGUGGCGUCGUGACGGGACAGGACACUACCUAUGUAACGCCUGUGACCUCAACCACAAGAUGAACAGUCAGAACAGACCUCUCACCAGACCCAAGAAGAGGCUGAUGUCCAGUAAACGUGCAGGGACGCAUUGCUCCAACUGUCAGACGAGCACCACCACGCUGUGGAGACGUAAUGACAGUGGGGAGACAGUCUGUAAUGCAUGUGGACUCUACUACAAACUACACAACAUCAAUAGACCUCUGACCAUGAAGAAGGAAGGCAUUCAGACACGGAACCGUAAGGCCUCCAGUUUGAACAACAAGGCUAAGCAGAAGACAGGUGUGUUAGAGGCUGAGCCGGGUCUCAACUCUGACCUCUCCCUGUCCAGACUCCAGUCCUCUGACAUGCCCCACUGCACACACUGAGGACUAUUACACACUGAGGACUACUACACACUGAGGACUAUUACACACUGAGGACUA